CCUCACUUCCGCAGCAGCGCCGUCAUCUGCUGCAGCAACGCUGCGUUUACACUGCGGUGCAGUUGUGAGUUAAGAUGAACAUCAUGGAUUUCAUUUUAAAUCUUCCUUCUGUCGCUGUUCACUUCACCUCGCCUCUGUUAUUGGUGUUUUUAGUCCAGACCUCCGCUGCAGGUCCGUUUCAGGUGAUUGGAUCUCCUUUACCAAUUGUGGUGGCUCCAGGUGAUGACAUCAUCCUGCCGUGCCAUGUGGAGCCUCCGUGUGACGUGGUGGACCUGACAGUGGAGUGGUCAAAGCCUGAGCUCAGGACCGACCCCAACGAUCGGCUUAGGCGAGCAAAAUACGUGCACCUCUACCGGGACAACCGUGAAGUUCCGGAUAUGAAGAUGUCAUCAUACGUCGGGAGGACGUCACUGUUUGUUGACGACUUGAAGCAAGGCAACAUCUCACUCAGGGUCACCAAUGUGACGCAGGAAGAUGAGGGUCAAUACAGAUGUUUCAUCCCAAAGCUAAAGGGAAUACAGUCUUCUGUUGUYCAGCUUAUUGUUGAGCAAAACUUUGAUCAAACCGCAUCCACAGAGACACCUUUCAAUCCCAUCAAUCUGCAAACUCCUGAACCAUUGGAGGAGAGAAAUCUUGAAGGUGCUUUGUCCUCACAGUCCAGACUAAUUCUACUUUCAGCUGUCUUAGUCGUGGCUUUCAGUAUUGGAGUCGGAGGAUAUUUAUACUUUAGGUACAGAUGUAAAAAAACAGUGCCCUUGAGAGAAAUCUAGAAGAAAUGCAACAAAUGCUUUCUCAUUCGGAUUCUACAAAUUAAUUUGAGGAUUCAGAGUUGACUUGCUGUGAAAGAUCUGMGAAGCUGUGGAUGAUGAUGGAAAGACACAAAGUCAGAACAUCUGUGUCGGAAUCUGGGAUCAAAGAAAAAUAGAAACUUUUUUUCACCAGUGUUCUGUGGAAUGUGUGCAGCAUCAAAAAAGAACCACUUUUCUCCUUCAAAUCUUUAAGUUGUGUUUAAUGCGGCUUUUGGGGGCAGCACGAUAGCUCAGUAUUGAUGCCUCACAGCAAGAAGCUCCUGGGUUUGAUAUCCGGUUUGGACCUAUAGGCUGUGCAGAGUUUGCAUGUUGUCCUCGUGCAUGCGUGGGUUUUCCCCARGUACUCUGGUUUCCCCCACAGACCAAAAACAUGUACAAUAGGCUGGUUUCAGACCCAGGCCUCCCUUGCAAAAGAGAUCUGUGAUCUCAAUGUGAUUUACCUGAUUAAAUAGUCUGAAGAUGUGGUUUAUUUCAUUAUGGUACUUCAGAAUCUCUUUACUCCAAAAUAGAAAGUACCAAGCAGAAUGCAGCUGUCUCAGUGAGUCAUUUCUACCAGCAGUGGGAAACCAGCUGAUUUAUUUAAAGGUCUGAGUGCUGUUUAGGAGAAGCAGCCUGCAUGAACUUGAUCCCAGCUCUAUCAAUGUCAACCUUAUUGACUUUUGUACUCAAAUGAUGGAAAAGAAAAUGACUCCUCAUAUCACAUUUAAAUUUCUCUUUGGCUGCUGUUUGUAACUUUUUGGCUGUAUGAUUUUGUGUUUUAAAAAUUUUAGAAAAAGCUGGUUGRAUAAUUUUCUUCUGUGAUCUAAGGCUACCUCCUGAUGUCUUUGCACUUUAAACCACAUUAUGAGCUGUAAUGCAUCUCUAAAUGGCACAGAAUGUCAGUGAUUGUAUCACUCCCUCAAUAAUGUUAUGCUGAACUAUGAAUGUCUGUAUUACUUUUGUAUGGGAGUUAUCUCAGGGUAAACUACAAAAAUAAAAAAUAACAAAUACAAAUUAUUAAAGCUGCUGGAAAGUUUGUAAUAGUACUUGAUGGGAGGGGAAAACCCAGAAAAACCUGUCUGAUGUGCUUCAAGUAAAACACCAAGAAUGCAUGAGAGUGGAGAUUUGUCAAAUGUACAAGAAAAUAAAAGAACUAGUAACUAC